AUGACCGCAAUCACAAAUUCUUCAUUUAGUGAUGUCGCUGAUAGGUACUACGACGAUAAAUCAGAUGAAAAAUGGAGAUUCAAAGGGUGUAAAGUGGACGUGGUUAUAUUUAGUCAAACGGAGUAUAAUAAUGUACUAGUGCCUUUGCCUUUGCGUGAUAUUGUGGUUGCUAUGUACGGGGAUGAGUAUCCAAACAUUAAUUACCAAUCCGAAAUCAAUUCAGAGGGUAUUAAUCCUAGUGAUAAACCUAAAUUUCUUAGAGUUUAUCUUAAUUGGAAAGUAUACUUUGACUGGAGGCUCAGACAAUUUAUUCUCACUCCCGUGAGAAAUCAGGGACAAUGUAACUGUUGUUGGGCUGUCGUUGCCGCAUCUGCAUUUGAGGCUCUGAUCAAUAUUAAACUGAGUAAACAACUGAAAAAAAAAGGCGACAAAUUGUUUGUAACUCUUUCUCCUCAAGAGUUACUGGAGUAUGUGAAAAUGGAUUUAACUAAUAUCGAUCCCGAUAAGAUAGACAGAUGCCAGUGCUACUCGGCAAACUACGAUGAAGCAUUCACUUACAUGAUAGAGCACGGUAUUACUACAGAGGAAAGACGUCCUUUUAAGGGGAAAAGAGAAAAGGAAAUUGAUCCACAAAAGAGACCCUUAAAGGAUAAGACUUAUCUAAAAAGCUAUGUAAAACUUAAAGACAAUUUAGCCGAGGAAGAGAUCUUAAGACGGGUACAAAUACAACCCGUGGCUGCCGCCAUCUAUAUCACACAGAAGCUUAAAUAUUUGGGAAAGGAGAUAUACCAAAUGAAUGAUGAUGAGAAAAAUGCGGAUGGUUCUGAUAUUAAAAGCGAAGGAAAACAUGCUGUAUUGAUAGUAGGAUUUGGUUCACGGGGAGAAGAAGCGUAUUGGUUGGUGAAAAAUUCUUACGGAACAGCCUGGGGAGAUGAAGGAUAUGGAAAGAUUUGCAUGAGAAGUCAGUUUAAGAAGAAACCACUGCUGUUCAAUAUGUUUUACCCUAGUUUCGACGAGCCCAAGCCUAAGCCUGAAGAGGAAGCCAAAGUUGAAGACCCUAGUUUCGACGAGCCCAAGCCUAAGCCUGAAGAGGAAGCCAAAGUUGAAGACCCUAGUUUCGACGAGCCCAAGCCUAAGCCUGAAGAGGAAGCCAAAGUUGAAGGAGAUCAGGAAACAUGA